GAGAGGGGAAGCGAAGUUUUCUGCCUCUUAAAGGAUUAAGCUAGCCACAAUGGUAAACAAUCCUGCCUGUUUCUUUUCCUUUGCAGUCGCCUUCUGUGUCCUGCUGCAAGAAGGCCAGGCUACAGUGGAAUCCCACUUGUUGGCCGCCAACAGUCGGCACCAGAGGACCAAGAGAUGUUCUUGUAUCAACUGGAUGGACAAGGAGUGCAUCUAUUUCUGCCAUCUCGAUAUCAUCUGGAUCAACACGCCAAGCCACUCUGUGCCCUAUGGGCUGGGGAAUCCUCGAGUACGGCAGAAGAGGUCUCUCCGCAGAUGUGAGUGCUCACAUUUCAAGGAUAGCAUCUGUGCAACUUUCUGCCAUGGCAAGCCUCGUACUCUCUCUUAUGGGACUCACCCUGGCAUUUUUUUUUUCCAGAGAUCCUCCAAAAAUGCAGCUGCCCAUGGGCACAGGAGGGCUGGCAAAGCUUCUGCAGAGCAGAAAUCCCAGGCCUGACAAGCUGAACUUUUGAAAGUGCUCAGGACCUUAUGCUUUCAUGGACUGAGUUAACCGGAAAGCAAUAGCUCUCUCCAAGAUAGCAAGGCCUUCCAUGGGAACAGGGCUUCCUGAAGAUAAAGUGAUCAGCAGGGAACUUAAGGAUGCUCUUUGGCUUAGUCAAUGGAGUCCUCCAUUCCCAAAGGUGCUCCUCUAUCAAGUAGUCAAAGAAGAGAAGACAUAACUUUGAUGGAGAAGGAGGAAAAGUCCACGAAACAGCUGGGACUGGAAUGAACCAAGAGCACCAUUGCUGGUGGAACAGUUCUCCUAUUAUUCCA